AUGAGGAGCGGCACGGCCAUGAUCUUGCUCACGUUGUUCUCCGUUUCGCCCCUCCCAUCAAUCAAUGUGGCUGGUGCCGAUACCUGCCCCUCGGAUGGAUGUAACAGUGUAACGCACACAAUGGCAGAGGUUGGCGGCUCAUACAAGGACUCUCUCUCUCAGGAACUGAAAGAUGAAUUGCAUGCGAUCGCUUUAAAGAUCGUAGCCGAUGGAAAGGGUAUCCUUGCUGCUGACGAGUCGACUGGAACUAUUGGAAAACGUCUCGCUGCCGUCAACCUCGAAAACAACGAGACAAACAGGCAAAAGUAUAGGCAGCUGCUUUUCACCACACCUAGCCUUGGAGAGCAUAUCUCCGGAGUGAUCCUUUUCGAAGAAACGUUCAAUCAGUCCACUGACAAAGGCGAAAGAUUCGUCGAUCUUCUCAUCAAGCAAGGAGUGGUUCCAGGGAUCAAAGUCGAUCUAGGUGUUGUUCCUCUUACUGGAACCAUUGGUGAGGGCACCACACAAGGACUGGACAAUCUAGCGCAGAGAGCAGCUGCUUUUAAGAAGGGAGGAUGCGGUUUUGCCAAGUGGCGGUGCGUUUUGACCAUCGGACCCCACACUCCCUCGUACCUAGGAAUGUUGGAGAACGCCAACGUUCUGGCUAGAUAUGCUAGCAUCUGCCAGUCUGCAGGUCUUGUUCCUAUUGUGGAGCCGGAGGUGUUGUGCGAUGGAGACCACGAUAUUCACAGAGCCCAAAAGGUUACCGAACAAGUGUUGGCUUUCGUCUACAAAGCCCUUGCUGACCAUCAUGUCUACCUUGAAGGAACACUUCUUAAGCCAAAUAUGGUCACUCCUGGACAAAGCUGCCCCCACAAGGCCACUCCUGAGGAAAUUGGUUUGGCAACCGUCACUGCACUUCGACGCACAGUCCCUGCUGCUGUCCCUGGAGUUACGUUCCUUUCUGGCGGUCAAUCUGAACUUGAUGCCACUGCAAAUCUCAACGCUAUCAACACUGUGAAACUGCUUAGACCAUGGAAGCUGACGUUCUCUUAUGGACGUGCUCUUCAAGCAUCUGUCUUGAAGGCAUGGCAAGGCAAGGACGAAAAUAUUGAAGCCGCGCAAAAAGUUCUACUACACAGGGCUCAGGCAAAUGGAAUGGCUGCACUAGGAAAAUAUGAGGGAGAAGAUGCUGCUGGUGCUGCCGCUGAAUCUCUUUUCGUUGCAAAACACGCCUACUAA